AUGGUUCUGCUGAAAGUAUUCCUCGUACUUUGCUUCGUGGCGUACGCUACGUCGCUGAAAGGACAAUCCGAAGUAGACUCAAAAAGCCCGGAUGGAAGCGCAGUUAUGGCGCGUGACUCAGGCACACUCUCUAGUGGAGGUUCAGCGUAUCUGGAACUUUACAUAUAUUAUGAUAAACACAUAAAAAAACGUUUUGACACUAAACAAAAGGUGAUAGAAUAUCUGAAACAGUUUUUAAAAAAGGUAAAUAAAAUUCUGAAAACUGCGGAACCAACACUAACUGUGCAAUUCAGUCUUCUGGGAGCCAGUCAAUGGAAUGAGGAUCGCAGAGCCCUCACUGAAGACAGAAAAGCCCUAGAUGCCCAACUUUUGAUUGCGAUACUUGAGGUGUAUGGGAAGAGGCUUGCGACACGGCUGCACAAGAAGCAAAAACUAAAUAUAGAUGCUGUGCUGUUUCUUACCACGUCACACAUUAGAAAUGUGUCUGUGAGUGAGACUGAAAACACCAACCGCAACGAUAUUGGAACCAGUAAAGGGUACGACGUUCUGACAGGCGUUGUAGGACGAAUCGGAGGUAUUUGUCUGAAGGAACAUUUUGUCGCAGCCGCGACGGAUGGUGGCAAAUUCCAAGGUGUUAAAGGCGCCGCUCGCCAGCUGUCUUUUCUUAUGGGCGCCGUGGAAGACGGUCAAGGCCCUCCUGGUUGGGAGUAUGUUCAAGGAAGUGAUGGGGCAUCAUGGUGCCCGUACAAUGAAGGCUAUCUUAUGGGGAAGCCGGAUGGGGAGAACAGCGAAAGGCUGUCCGAGUGCUCUGCGAACUCGUUCAUAAUGGGUAUAAGGCAACAUGGACCCGGAUGUUACGACAGCACCCCACGCAGCGGAUUUUUGGACAACGUAAUCGUGGAAUAA